UGUCAAGCUGUCAUUGAGUCCUCAGUGGGUGGAGGAUUCAUUCGUUUUAGAUUUAAAGUUUAACAGCCCCUCUCUUUCAGCCGCUUUUUUCGCGCUUUUUCAACAUGACGCACAUCUCUCAUUUUCUCACUCUCAUUUUAACUUUAUCCCUCCUGAGCUGCACGGCUGCAGAAGCGUCUAUCCUCUGCACCUGGACUAAAGUGUUGUCUAAUAAAGAGGUGCAUUACGUCUUUCUCCACGGUGAUGCCUCUCCAUCUCUGCGGCUCUACCACAGCGCCUGGUCCGAGCAGCGCGCACUGCUCAGCUGCACUUGGAGCGACGACGCAGCAGUGAUCCAAAACUAUUUCUCUAUAUGCCGUGAGCGCAGGGACGAGUUCUCAGAUCAUCCAGAUAAAAGUAUCGAUUUGGACUCCAUGUUGAAUGCAGAGGGGCUGUGCGUCUCUUUGGCUUCUCCAGGAGAUGGAGGACAGGAGGUGCGCACAGGAAAGAGGCUGGUGAGGAGCGUCAGUGGACACUCGGCAGCUGAGAAUCAUCAAGGUCAAGCUGAAAGGUCAGAGGUCAGGACUCACCAGCGUGUAAAGCGUGGCUUUAUUGUGCCAGGGACUCUGUGGUGCGGCUCUGGCAACAAGGCGCCAUCAUAUGCAGAUUUGGGAGUGUUUUCAGAUACUGACAGCUGUUGUCGUGAACAUGACCAGUGCAAACACACCAUCCUGUCCUUUCAAUCCAAGUUUGGGGUCUUCAACAGCAACAUCUUCACCAUGUCUCACUGUGACUGCGACAACAUGUUUCACAGUUGUCUGAUUAAUGGGAACGACAGCAUAUCUGAUGUGGUGGGAUACACUUUCUUUAACCUGCUGAAGAUGCACUGCUUUGAGUUCUCACACAGACUCCAGUGUGCUCAGAGAAACUGGUUUGGAAUGUGCAAAGAGACUGCAAUGGCUCUCUAUGCUGAGGUUCAUCCACCCUCCCUGUACGAGUCUACCAAUACAACAGAGGUGAACAACACAGACUUCACCAUGAACACCACCUCACCCACAGAGCUGCUGGGGAGCAGCAUUUCAGACUCCAUCGCUGCUGCUGUUUCCACAGUCCCUACGCCUUUAACAAGUUCCCCCUCCACCUCCAUCACACCUGUGACCAACGUUACCUCAUCCACAUCAGAGGGAUCAACACCUGAGAGGAUCGAUGAUCUGCAGAACACUUUACUGACCAAACAACAAACUCCAUCUGAGCUGGACAUCACAGAGAAGCAGCUGUCCUGUGCCGUCUACAAGGAUCUCGAUGAGUGCAGGAAUAAGAUCCCUCCGCAGCAGGAAAGAUACGGCCUCCACAACACAGAGGCCAGGACGAUGUACCACUGCAACUGUACCACCAGAUUAUUCCCGACUUUGGCUAAACAGAGACAACUGACCGAAGUGCAGGCUCUUCUGCUGGGACAUGUGUCUGAAUCCUGCUUCCUGCUACAGGACUGCACUGCAGGCAAACUCUGUGGAGCAGUUCUGGUGAAAGCAGAGCUUCCUGAGAGGAGCAGAGCAGAAAUGGAGGUGCAGCACCACCUACAGGCUGUCAGGCUGAAGGUGAGAAGGCCCAACGUGAGGAGAACGAGGAGGAAGAACAGAGCAGGCAGGCUUCACAAACUGUGUCUGAGGAUGGUCCGGCCCAGACUCAACAUGAACAAGACCCGAAAACUAGGUCAGGAGGACACACAUCAGCCAGCUGUAAGAGGAAGAGAGCUUGCCUGAGAGUAAAAAGUAUGGAGAGUCAAAGUGUUCCGAAAUACUGAAAUACAUAAGAUGUUAUUUAAGGUCAUUUUCAUUUUAUUCCAGCACUUAAUUUAAUGUUAAGUCUUCUUUCUUCCAAGGUUCCUUUAUCCUUCGUUCCAGAUGACAGUUUUGGCCUGAAAGACCAGACAUUAUUUUUCCACUUAAUUUAAGUUAGUUUAUGAAUCAUUCAACAUCAUUCCAAGGGAUAAUAAUUAAAGGUGGGGUAGGUAAUUUUGAAGAAACCAGCUCGAGUGCGCUAGAAUAAAAAAAAAAAAUCUGCCACUUCCUUACAGAGCCCUUCCUCCAACACACAUGAACGCGCACAUAACCAAUAGAGUGGCGAAGUCACGCCCAUCUACUUCCGCCCCAUGGGACCUUAUUUCUGAAAAAUUAUGUGUUGAAGUCAAUGGAGAGAGAAAACGUAUCUUUCGAUCCCGUUUGAAUUGUACCAUGAAUUACACAUGAUGUUUGUCAAUCUUAAAAAAUCAUUUCCAUGUCAAAAAAGUCACAGUUUGUCUUAAAACUGUUGAAAUAUAAAACUAUGAAAAAUACGCAACUAGAAAGACUACAAAUCCCAGAGUCGAGUACAUUAACAUUACACAUUACACUCGUGUUACUCACUGAAACCUUGUAGGCCUAUAGCCGGUCCCGCAUGCUGGCUCUUACGGAACCGACUAACUCCCCUUUUGUGUAUGUACAGCUCUCAACAUGCCCCAGACUUCUUUUUUUCACCUCUUUUAAUACUUUUCACUUCAUUCUGAAAGAAAGAGGUGAAAUGUGCUAAUGUCACGACCAUCUUGGUGUUGGUGACGUAUGCGAGACCAGAGAUGUAGUUCAUUCAGCGCUUCAAACAAAAAUGUUGUUACUUCACAGUUUUACGACACAUUUAAAAAAUGUUGACUUGCAAAAUUAUCUUUUAAAUUGACAAACAUCAUAUGUGUAAUUCGUUGCACAAUUCAAACGGAAUCAAAAGAUAAUCUUUCUCUCUCCAUUGACCGAAAAAAGGUCCCAUGGAGGUCCCCCGGAAGGGGAGGGACUUCGCCACUCUAUGAGGGCACGAGAUAAGUUUGUGCACAGAUGGAAGGCUGACA